CUCCACGUGGGGACGGGCAGGGCUGGAGACUGCGCACUCGAGUUCCGGGUCGCUGAGCUCCGCGGCGCGGGGACUCCGGCUCGGCCAUCUACACGUGCUUGGUACCCACGCGCCUCCCGGGACCCGGGCGCCAUGGCUCCUCGCGGGAGGAAGCGCAAGGCGGACGUGACGGCGGACGGGGAAGCCGAGAAGCCGGAGAAGCUGGCCCAGAGCGGCGAUGCGGGCGCGGGAGAGGCCCGUGUGGUCAUCGAGCACUGCCGAAGCUGACGCGUGUACGCGCGCCACGCGGAGGCCGUGGGCCAGGCGCUGCGCCUCGCCCGCCCGGGGCUGUCCGUGCUGCUGAACCCCGGCAAACCCCGCCGGAGCAGCUUCGAGGUGACGCUGCAGCGGCCGGACGGCAGCCGAGCGGAGCUCUGGAGCGGCAUCAAGAAGGGCCCCCCGCGGAAGCUGAAGUUCCCUGAGCCGGGGCAGGUGGUGGAGGAGCUUAAGAAGCAGUGGGCCUGAGGACGCCCGCGCAGGACGCGCCGUGACGAGCUGUCCGUCCGCAGGGAUCCGGAGCAUCCAUGACGGAGCACGACCAAACCUCGCAGUCGUGUCCCUGAAGCUGUGGCUCCUUCCUCGGGGCGGGCUCGGGGCGCGUCCAGUGCUUAAUAAAAGCCUUGGGUACCCAAA